AAUAAAACCACUUCUUUCGUCUUCAGAAAAGGAUAAGGUUCUGCUCAAAGCUACAUUCUUGUGUACUUCCCAUCGGAGAGAGAUGGAAAAGUCUGGGCUGUUAAUUUCAAGAAGAAACAUAAUCCAAAACCCUUUUCUCAAUGGUGGCUCAACAACCCAGAAAUUACCGAGCAACACCUCCAAAUUCAGAAAUUCUUCGGGAAAGCUCCAAUGUCCCACCAAAAGGAAUCCAAAUUUGAGCUUGCAAAGCAGGCCUUGUUGUUCCCUGGGAGUCUCAGUUCAUUCCAAUUUUGAUCUUUCACCCUCGGAUUUAACAAUUUCCGAAGAACCUUUCCAUAUGCAUGGUGUUACUAAGAUUCUCGGGGUUGACAUAUCAGAGACAUCGCAUGUUGCGUUAGACUACAUGCAAAGAUUGGUGCUGUUAGAUUUAGACCCUGCCACAGCAAAGUUGGUGGCUGGGUUUCUGGGGCCUUUCCUCUCGGCAUUUGGUUUUCUGUUCAUUGUGAGAAUAGUGAUGUCCUGGUACCCAAAAAUCCCCGUUGGAAAGUUUCCGUAUGUUAUAGCAUAUGCCCCUACAGAACCGCUUCUCAACCCUACCCGUAAGUUAAUUCCGCCCCUUGGUGGAGUAGAUGUCACUCCUGUAGUUUGGUUCGGAUUGAUCAGUUUUAUCAGUGAAAUAUUAGUCGGCCGACAAGGACUGCUUGUCUUGCUAUCUCAACAGGUUUAGCUGUUAUGCUGUGAGGGAUACACUUGAAUGUUGAGGAAAAAAGUUAAUUUUCUUUAGGAAUAUAUGUUGCCAUGCUGAGAAGCAAAUUGUUUUCUCCUUUUCCUGGUUUGCCUUCAUUAUUUAUCAGCUCCUUAGUGAUUUUAAGUUGUAAAUGACUUUAAUUUUUCAUAUACUAAUUCUCUGCGUUAUGUUUCGGUCC